AGGCGCGGUGUCCCAGUCAACAGGGAGAGGGUUUCAGUAGGCUGGUGUAAGAACCAGAGGGGGAAAGUCAGGAGUCUUUUGGGGGAGUGAUGGCCUCGACAGAGUGCUACAUUGUGCACGAGAUCUACAACGGGGAGAAUGCCCAGGACCAGUUUGAGUACGAGCUGGAGCAGGCCCUGGAGGCCCAGUACAAGUACAUCGUGAUCGAGCCCACUCGCAUCGGGGACGAGACGGCGCGCUGGGUCACGGUGGGGAACUGCCUGCACAAGACGGCAGUGCUGUCAGGGGCGGCGUGCCUGCUCACCCCGCUCUCCUUGCCGCUGGAGUACACGCGCUACGUGGCCCUGCCCGCCGGCGCCCUCAGCGUGGCUUGUGCCGCACUCUAUGGCAUCUCCUGGCAGUUCGACCCCUGCUGCAAGUACCAGGUGGAGUACGACAGCCACAAACUCUCCCGCCUCCCCCUCCACACACUCACCUCCUCCACGCCUGUGGUGCUGGUGAGGAAGGAUGACAUCCACAGAAAGAGACUCCACAACACGAUAGCGCUGGCUGCCCUGGCCUACUGUGUUAAGAAGAUCUACGAACUUUACAUUGUAUGAUUUCACUUU